CUACACUUCGUUUUCUAGCCUUCGGUGUCCGUGUGAGAAAUGCUGCUGUUCUGGGUGUCGGCAGUGUUCGCUCACUUUUUCUCUCUCCACCAUCUAGACCUACGUCUCAGAUUUUGAAAAUGCUUUGCGCGAGUGAGUGUUGUGAUGUAUUUCCAUCUUUCAUUCUUUUAUCUCUUCCAUACUCUGCCUUGUGGUACUUAAGAACCCCUCGUAGAAGUGUGACUCGCAUCCCCAGGCUGAUUGAUAGCACGUGCUCACCUGUGACGGCUUCCAAGCUUUAGAACCGAGGUCGAAGUCUUCCCUGGAGCUGUUCGAGGGUUAGUGGCUCUCGUCCACCAUGCAUCGGAAGAAAGUGGAUAACCGCAUCCGGGUCCUCAUUGAGAAUGGCGUGGCUGAGCGGCAAAGGUCUCUGUUUGUUGUGGUCGGAGAUCGAGGGAAAGAUCAGGUGGUCAUCCUGCAUCACAUGUUGUCCAAGGCCGCCGUGAAGGCCCGGCCCUCUGUGCUGUGGUGUUACAAGAAAGAGCUGGGCUUCAGCAGCCACCGGAAGAAGAGAAUGCGACAGCUGCAGAAGAAGAUCCGGAGCGGGACGCUGAACGUCAACCAGGACGACCCCUUUGAGCUGUUCGGGGCUGCCACAGACAUCCGCUACUGCUACUACAGUGAGACCCACAAGGUCCUGGGCAACACCUUCGGCAUGUGUGUCCUGCAGGAUUUCGAAGCCUUGACCCCGAACCUGCUGGCCCGGACGGUGGAAACGGUGGCAGGCGGUGGGCUUGUUGUCAUCCUGCUGCGGACGGUGCACUCGCUCAAACAGCUGUACACGCUGACCAUGGACGUGCACUCCAGGUACAGGACCGAGGCGCAUCAGGACGUGGUGGGCAGGUUUAACGAGAGGUUCAUCCUGUCCCUGGCCUCGUGUAAGAAGUGCCUUGUCAUCGAUGACCAGCUGAAUGUCCUGCCCAUCUCCUCCCACAUAGCCACCAUCGAGGCCCUUCCUCCACAGGCUCCGGGCGAGGGUCUCAGUCCCUCUGACCUGGAGCUGCAGGGACUGAAGGAGGGCUUGCAGGACACGCAGCCUGUGGGUGUGUUGGUGGACUGCUGCAAGACCCUCGACCAGGCCAAAGCGGUCUUGAAGUUCAUCGAGGCCAUCUCUGAAAAGACCCUGAGGAGCACCGUCGCACUCACGGCUGCCCGGGGACGGGGGAAGUCUGCGGCUCUGGGGCUGGCAAUCGCUGGGGCAGUGGCGUUUGGGUACUCCAACGUGUUCGUCACAUCCCCGAGCCCCGACAACCUGCACACCCUGUUCGAGUUCGUGUUCAAAGGGUUCGAUGCGCUGCAGUACCAGGAGCACCUGGACUAUGAGGUCAUUCAGUCUCUCAACCCCGAGUUUCACAAAGCGGUGAUCAGAGUGAAUGUGUUCCGGGAGCACAGGCAGACCAUCCAGUACAUACACCCUGCGGACGCCGUGCGGCUGGGCCAGGCCGAGCUCCUGGUGAUCGACGAAGCUGCUGCCAUCCCCCUGCCCCUGGUGAAGAGCCUGCUCGGCCCCUACCUUGUGUUCAUGGCGUCCACCAUCAAUGGGUACGAGGGCACCGGCCGCUCGCUGUCCCUGAAGCUGAUCCAGCAGCUGCGCCAGCAGAGCGCCCAGAGCCAGGUCAGCACCACCGCCGAGAACAGGACCACGGCGACCGCCAGGCUGGCCUCAGCGCGCACUCUGCACGAGGUCUCCCUACAGGAGUCCAUCCGCUACGCACCUGGGGACGCCGUGGAGCAGUGGCUGAACCACCUGCUGUGCCUCGACUGCCUCAGCCUCACCCCGAUGGUCUCGGGCUGCCCCCUGCCCGAGGCCUGCGAGCUCUAUUACGUCAACAGAGACACUCUCUUCUGCUAUCACAAGGCCUCGGAGCUGUUCCUGCAGCGGCUCAUGGCGCUGUAUGUGGCCUCUCACUACAAGAACUCGCCCAACGACCUCCAGAUGCUGUCAGACGCGCCUGCGCACCACCUCUUCUGCCUCCUGCCGCCCGUGCCGCCCACCCAGAACGCCCUUCCCCAAGUGCUUGCCGUUGUCCAGGUGUGCCUAGAGGGCCAGAUUUCUCGUCAGUCCAUCCUCAGCAGCUUGUCUCGAGGCAAGAAGGCUUCUGGGGACCUGAUUCCGUGGACGGUGUCGGAGCAGUUCCAGGAUCCAGACUUCGGAGGCCUCUCCGGGGGCAGGGUCGUCCGCAUCGCUGUUCACCCGGAUUAUCAAGGGAUGGGCUACGGCAGCCGGGCGCUGCAGCUGCUGCAGGCGUACUACCAAGGCCACUGCCCCAGCCUGCAGGAGCCGGGCCUCAAGCCAUGCCAGGAGAUCCACGCCGUCAGCAGCGAGGCCGUCGGCUUGCUGGAAGAAGUCAUCAGCCCCCGGAAGGACCUGCCGCCUCUCCUCCUCAGGCUGAGCGAGAGGCCUGCCGAGCGCCUGGACUACCUGGGGGUUUCCUACGGGCUGACCCCCGGCCUCCCGCAGUUCUGGAAGCGGGCUGGAUUUGUCCCUGUCUAUCUCAGGCAGACCCCGAAUGACCUGACCGGGGAGCACUCCUGCAUCAUGCUCAAGACACUGGCUGACGCUGAGGACGCUGACCGGGGCCCCUGGCUCGCAGCCUUCUGGAGAGACUUCCGGAGGCGGUUCCUGGCCCUGCUGUCCUACCAGUUCCGUACCUUCAGCCCAUCACUGGCCCUGAACAUCCUUCAGAACAGGAGCGUGGAGACGGCCGUCCCACCAGCCUUGAGCCGGGAGGGGCUGGAUGUGCUGUUCCUGCCCUAUGACCUGAAGCGGCUGGAGCUGUACUCACAGAACAUGGCUGACUACCACCUCAUCAUGGACCUGGUCCCCGCCAUGGCCCGCCUGUACUUCCUCAACCAGCUGGGGGACCUGGCCCUGUCAGCCGCACAGUCGGCUCUCCUCUUGGGGCUCGGCCUGCAGCACAAGCCCCUGGAGCAGUUGGAGAAGGAGCUCGCGCUGCCCAUGGGCCAGCUGAUGGGGCUCUUCAACCGCAUCGUCCGCAAAGUCGUGAAGCUGUUUAAUGACGUGCAAGAAAAGGCCAUCGAGGAACAGAUGGUGGCAGUGAGGGAUGUGGUCAUGGAGCCCACGAUGAAGACCCUGAGUGAUGACCUGGACGAGGCAGCCAAGGAGUUCCAGGAGAGACACAGGACGGAGGUGGCGAAGCUGAAGGACAUGGACCUCUCGCAGUACGUAAUCCGUGGGGAUGACGAAGAGUGGACUGAGGUUUUGAACAAAGCCGGGCAGAACGCCUCGAUUGUCAGCCUGAAGAGUGACAAAAGGAAGUUGGAAGGCAAACAAGAGCCCUCACGGAACAAGAAGCUGAAGAGAAACAGAGAGGUGAAGAGAAGAGAGAAGCCGAAGCCGAAGAAAUAGCGAGGGGCUCGGCUGCGGCGUUGCUGCGGGAGGAGUUGCGCCUGCCCCGUGGGACAGGGCUGCGGCCUGGGCGCUGACGCCUGUGUGGGCAAGACCCCUCUGAACAGCCUGUGCGGAUGGGGGUCUGCCUCCCCGGCCACGGCCCCCUUUCCUGCUUCCAGCCUGCCUCUGGCCAGCGCUUCGUGCUCGGACCACACGUGUGGCCUCGCCGGUGUGUCCCUUCCAGGCCACGUGGGCCGCAGUGCUCUGCUGCUUCUGGCCAGGUCUCCCCCUUGGACCGUGCGGCCACCCCAGGCCGGGACUAGCGGGAACCCAGGUGUCCCCAGGCAGUGCCGGCCUGCUGCCCUCGGGGUCCCUGACUUUGGCCGCUGAGCCUUCGUCUGUUCGAGGGCCUUAGCUGGCAGGAGUGGGAGAGGAGUGUGUUAAUAAACGGCAUCUCUGGCGA